AUGGAUACUUGCAAAGAUAUAGCCACUCAAAUGGGAUCGGGGACAUAUCUUGAUAAUGACGAAUCCGAAACUUCAAUUGAUAUCACAAAGUAUCAAGGUAUGAUCAAUUCCUUGUUGUAUCUAAUGGCUAGUCGACCCGAUAUUAUGUUUAGUGUCUGUUUAUAUGCUCGUUUUCAAGCUUGUCUGAAGGAAUCUCAUCUCACUGUUGCGAAGAGAAUAAUGAAACAUCUCCAAGAAACAUCUAAUGCCGACUUAUGGUACCCCAAAGGUAGUAUAUGUAGUCUUGUUGGUUUCUCUGAUGCAGAUUAUUCAGGAUGUAAGAAGGACAUGAAAAUCACGAGUGGAACAUGUCACAUUUUUGGAAAUGCUCUAGUUUCUUGGUCAUGUAAAAAGAAAGCGAGUGUGGCUCUCAGCACUGCAGAAGCAAAAUAUAUCACCGUCGGUAGUUGCUGUGCACAAAUACUUUGGUUGAAGCAAUAA